AUGGGACAAAGUCAAAGUUACGAUUUGAAGGAUGGCGAUUAUGACGAAAAAGGCCCGGUGCGAGGAGUCCGACGUAUCAGCAAGGAGACGCAAUCAGAGUUUAAAACAUAUGAAAUCAAUGAAUUUCAACAGAGAGAAGAGGAGGAAUUGCGCGAAAGAAUUCGGAAUCAACGACUUCAGGAGCGAGAAAGAGAAUUGAUGACGUGGAGACGGCACACACGAGAAGGCCGAGAGACAAUUAUUGAUGCGUUUAAAGAAGCUCCCGAUGACCAGAAUCACUAUGCCACAUUGAAUCAGCCUAAUCGAACCCCACUGACAUAUGAAGUUGAAUUUCAGCUAUUCAAACAUCCGGAGGUAAAUGAUGGGCAUUAUAAAAAGAUUGACGUCAAAUAUGAUUCACCACCAAUGGAAGAUAUUGAUCGACGACAAGAAUCGCUGAAGUCCGACGACUAUUUUCCUGAAGAAGCAAAAGAGAAUAUUGAAAAGGAUCCAAAUGGAAACCACUACAUUAUUCACAAGGAGAACUAUCAGCAGGAGCUUCAAAAAUCGCCGAUUGAAGUUCCAACGUACUAUGACGCUUACGAAAUGCAGCCUCCAACAGCGGUGUCCGAGAUUCACGCGGAAAAACGAAUGUUUGUCGAAUUAUCGGAGACAUCUUGUUUCGCAAUCGCCAGUAAUCCGGACCCGACGUAUUCUGCCGGUGACGCCCAAGAGAAUCAUCACCGACAUCCAGAAGUUGAGCAUGUUCCGCAUUUCACCAAAAAAGCUUACAUUCACUAUUCUGUGAAGAACACAGAAGGAGAAAGCGAUUAUCAAACCCAUAUAGAAAUACCAGAUAGCCAAGAGCAAAAAGAAAUCAUCGAGGAUUCUAAAGAGAAUUUGCCUAAAAAUACUAAUGCAAUCCAACUUUCACAUGAUGGUGAAAUUGGACCAAUGAAGUCGCUGGAUAAACCAGUGCAUGAAGAAAAACUUUUUUACCAUUCAUACAUGCCGACAAUUUCGCUGGAGGCCAGACCGCCGAUGACAUAUUACAAGAAAUUGGCUUAA